GAAAGUAGAAGUUGUGUUUUGCAAAGAAAGCAUGAAACCUACUAAUAGGUACCCGUCCAUUCAAAGAAGCUAAGACCAGUACAAAAAGAAGCAUCUGUCCGUUAGUGGACUUUUUUAUCUCCUUUAAUUUGUUCUAUGCGCACACUAAAAUAAAAAGUGAGAGAAGAAAGAAGAAAGAAAGAAAGAUGUUCCGUAGUGCAAAAAUGACAACAAAGAAGAUAGAGGGGGAGGUGGUUUUGAUGAGGAAGAAUGUUUUGGAUUUGAAUGACCUGAGCGCCUCAAUCGCCGAUGAUUUCUCUGAUUUUCUUGGCCAUAAGGUCUCCAUACACCUCAUUUCUUCCGCUCCCACACCUGCCUCAUCACCUAGUGAUCCUACAAAUGGAUCGAAAGAAGAACUCGGCAAGACGGGUUACUUGGAGAACUGGGUGCUCAACAACGCUCUUUUGGCCGACGGCGAGUCGGCAUUCCGUGUUUCCUUCGACUGGACUGAAGAUCUUGGGGUUCCGGGAGCAUUCAUCAUCAAGAACAAUCAUCACAACGAGUUCUACCUCAAAACCCUAACCCUAGAAGAUGUUCCCAAUCACGGCGAUGUCCAUUUCGUAUGCUUCUCCUGGGUUUAUCCGGCCAGCAAGUACCACUACGACCGCGUCUUCUUCGCGAACCAGGCGUAUCUACCUAGCCAAAUGCCUGCGCCAUUGAAGCAAUAUAGAGAUCAGGAAUUAGUGAACUUGAGAGGAACAGGAAGUGGUCAGCUUAGGGAAUGGGAUAGGGUGUAUGACUAUGCUUAUUACAAUGACCUCAGUGAGCCCGACAAAGGUCUCGAAUAUGUUCGGCCAGUCUUGGGUGGGAAUUCGAAGUAUCCUUAUCCCCGACGAGGAAGGACUGGCAGAGCACCAACUAAAACUGAUCCUAAUACUGAGAGCAGAGUUCCACUGAUUCACAGCUUAGAUCUCUAUGUGCCAAGAGAUGAGAAAUUCGGAUACUUGAAAUUAGCAGAUGCUCUUGCUUAUGCAUUCAAAUUUCUUGCUCAGUUCCUUCACCCUGAAUUUAAGUCUCUGUUUGAUUCCUCUCCAAAUGAGUUUGACAGCUUUCAAGAUAUACUUAACCUAUAUGAAGGAGGUAUCAAGCUGCCGCAAGGUCACUUGCACAAAGUCAUCACUGAUCACAUUCCCAUUGAAAUGCUGAAAGAAGUUCUCCGGAGUGAUGGGGAGGGACUCUUUAAAUUCCCGACCCCUUUUAUUAUUCAAGAGGAUAAAACUGCAUGGAGAUCGGAUGAAGAAUUUGGAAGACAAAUGCUGGCUGGAACGAACCCUGUUAUUAUUUGUCAGCUACAAGAGUUCCCGCCAAAAAGCAAACUAGACCCUAAAGUUUACGGAGAUCACACCAGUAAGAUUACGAGGGAGCACAUCCAAAAGAACCUAGGUGGUUUUUCAGUCGAGGAGGCAAUCAACAAUAAGCGGCUAUUCAUAGUGAACUACCAUGACAUGCUUAUGCCAUACUUGAGGUGCAUAAAUGAAACAAAUAACAAGGUAUACGCCUCAAGAACUCUGUUCUUUUUGCAAACUGAUGGAACUUUGAAGCCAGUAGCAAUUGAGCUCAGCUUGCCACAUUCACUUGGAGAUAAAUUUGGUCUUGAUAGCAAAGUGUACAUCCCAUCUGGACAUGGGGUUGAAAAUGGGUUGUGGCAAUUGGCUAAAGCUUAUGUUAAUGUGAAUGAUUCAGGUGUUCAUCAGGUGAUCAGCCACUGGCUGAACACGCACGCAGUAAUUGAACCGUUUGUGAUUGCAACAAAUAGACAAUUGAGUGUGCUUCACCCGAUAUAUAAGCUUCUGCAUCCCCAUUUCCGUGACACAAUGGCUAUAAAUUCUCUGUCUCGGCAAAUCUUGCUUAAUGCUGAUGGAAUUUUUGAGAAAACACUAUUCCCUGACAGAUACUCAUUGGAAAUGUCUGCUGCUGUCUACGGGGACUGGGACUUCACUAGCAAAGCUCUCCCAACUGACCUUGUUAAGAGAGGUGUUGCUGUUGAGGACUCAAGCUCCCCACACGGUGUUCGCCUACUGAUAGAAGAUUAUCCAUUUGCAGUUGAUGGUCUAGAGAUAUGGUCAUCUAUCAAAACAUGGGUGGAUGAAUACUGCAAGAUCUAUUACAAAUCAAACGACCUUGUUCAGAAUGAUGUUGAACUCCAAGGUUGGUGGAAGGAACUGAGAGAGGAAGGACACGGUGAUUUGAAAGACAUGCCAUGGUGGCCUAAAAUGCAGACAGUCCAGGAGUUGAUCGACUCAUGCACUACUAUUAUCUGGACAGCCUCUGCUCUUCACGCAGCUAUCAACUUCGGACAAUACCCUUAUGCGGGUUAUCCCCCUAAUCACCCUGCAAUAAGCCAAAGAUUCAUGCCCGAGCCUGGAUCUGCUGACUAUAAGGAGCUUGAGGUUGACCCAGACAAGGUUUUCCUCAAAACCAUCACCCCUCAGCUGCAGGCAUUGCUUGGCAUUUCCCUUAUUGAAGUUCUGUCAAGGCACACUUCAGAUGAGGUGUACCUAGGGCAAAGAGAGUCCCCUGAGUGGACAAAAGACCAGGAAGCACUUGAUGCAUUUGCACGAUUUGGGAAGAAGCUUCGGGAUAUUGAGGAUCACAUAUAUAAAAUGAACAGAGAGGGGAAACGGAGGAAUAGGACCGGACCUGUGAAAAUGCCUUACACCUUACUCGUGCCUACAAGUGAACCCGGUCUCACUGGCAAAGGUAUUCCCAACAGUGUCUCCAUAUAGAGCUUCUUCAAUUAUGUGUGUAUGACCACUCUUGAAUGGUCUAUAUGUGUGCUAGCUUUAUUUUAAAUAAAUUUGUCCCGUGAAAGCAGUGACGUGUUUGUGAAGAAUGCAAGUGAAGAAUAAAAUUAUCUCUGAACGAGUAAAAAACCUCAAAUGGA